GUGAAAGAAAAAUCCUAUCUCUAAUGGCAACAGUAACUGACUAUUUUGUUUUUUGCUACCAGAAUUUUAUUUUGAUUUUUUUUAAUUGCAAUUUUCAAAUGAACAAAAAAGAAAAUUUAACUUUUUUUUGUCUAGUCGAAUCAUUUUGGUUUCAUUUUUAAUGAUCCGGUGUGCUUGCUUGCCGGUAAUAUUUUUUUCAUCCGGAAAUUUAUUGUUAUAAAAUAGGACAAAAUGCCACAACUUAUAAUACAAACAAAUCUUCGUUUAUCACAAAUUCCGGUGGAUUUUAAUGAAAAAACAACAAAUUUAUUGGCCGAAUUACAAAAUAAACCAUCAUCGAUGACAUUGAUAUCUGUGCAACCGAAUCAAUUGAUAACAUUCGGUGGAACUAAUGAACCAUGUGCAUUAGUAUCAAUUCAAUCGAUUGGUAAUCAAUCAGUGGAUGAAAAUCGUCAAUCUUGUAAAAAAAUUUUCCAACAUUUACAAAAUGAAUUAAACAUAUCAAGUAAACGUAUAUUUAUUAAUUUUAUUAAUUUUGAUCCUUGUAAUGUUGGUUGGGAUGGACGAAUUUAUGAAGAUAUUUUUGCCGAUUCGAAUAAUCGAAUAUCGAUUGUUGAAAAUACUGAUAAUGAUGUUUGUGAUAACGAUGAUAAUGAUAAUCAAUCGACAACUUUGAUCGAAAAACCAAUCGAUAAUGGUGAUGGUAAUGAUGAUGGUGGUGGUGAUAAUAACGUUGGUGAUAAUAAUGGUGGUGAUAAUAACGUUGGUGAUCAAUUGGAAUCCGAAACUGGUGAACCGGUUCCAGAAUCGGAAGAAAUGACUAAUGAAGAAUAAAGUUUUUUUGUUGUGAUUUAAUUGAAUUUACUAAUCAACUUAAUCUAAUUAUGAAAAAAACACAUAAUAAAUUGAACAAAUUUAGAAAAUUAAAAGUUUUGUUUUUC